GAGAAGAAAACUUGCUGGCAAUUUUGAAAAGGAGAUGGUGGAAGUACAUGAUCCUGGGGAUAAUAGAUAUAGAAGCCAAUUACCUGGUAGUCAAAGCUUAUCAAUACACCACUCUUACCAGUGUACAGCUCCUAGACUGUUUUGUCAUCCCAGUGGUGAUACUGCUCUCCUGGUUCUUCUUACUGGUACGAUACAAGGCAGUGCAUUUCAUUGGGAUUGUGGUCUGCAUUCUGGGCAUGGGCUGCAUGGCAGGAGCAGAUGUUCUCGUUGGGAGACAGCAAGGAGCAGGUGAAAAUAAAUUGAUAGGCGAUCUCUUAGUGCUGGGCGGAGCAACGCUGUACGGCAUCUCCAACGUCUGUGAGGAGUACAUCGUCCGAAAUCUGAGUCGAGUUGAAUUCCUGGGCAUGAUCGGACUCUUUGGCUCCUUCUUCAGUGGAAUUCAGCUUGCAAUCAUGGAACACAAAGAGCUGUUGAAAGUUCCCUGGGAUUGGCAAAUAGGUUUGCUGUAUGUUGGCUUUAGCGCCUGUAUGUUUGGCCUCUACAGCUUUAUGCCAGUGGUCAUAAAGAAAACCAGUGCUACUGCUGUCAACCUCUCCCUACUCACAGCUGACCUGUACAGCCUCUUCUGUGGAUUGUUCCUCUUCCACUACAAGUUUUCAGGACUUUACUUGUUGUCAUUCUUCACUAUCCUUGUUGGGUUGAUGCUCUACUCCUCCACAUCCACCUACGUAGCCCAGGAUCCUCGGGUGUACAAGCAGUUUCGAAACCCUUCAGGACCUGUUGUCGACCUGCCAACCACUGGCCAGCUGGAGCCUUCGGUGACAUACACCAGCCUAGGGCAGGAGACAGAAGAGGAGCCUCAUGUUAGAGUUGCUUAAACCCAGGGCUGUUGAUCACCUACUGACAGUGGAGCUCGUAUAUCCAUUAUCUCUGUAUUGUACAUAGAGAAAGGUAUUUACCAGGUGCAGUUACACUGGUGAACUGCAAGGUAGCAAAUAAGGAAAGCUCAUAAAGAACACAAAUUAAUUGUUCCAGGUCGUUCAUUGCAAAGAGAUGCCAGUCCCUCGUUUACGAUAUGAGCAGCAUGUUUGCAAUACAAACAGCUGUGUAUGAAUCAGCUAAUAUCAAACUACCUGUGAAAGAUAUUCAACAUAUAAGAUGAAAUUACAGAAAGAAAUUCAUAGAAGGGUGUUUCUGCACCCACUGAGAGAUAGUAUGCCUAAGCCACACCAGUUGUGGAAAAAAACACCUUUUUACAGCAAGUACACUUUGUGCAGUCACUGUUAAUUUCUCUCUAAGAUUUGUUUGUUUGCACAAAAUAGAUGGGUUAGUCGUGGUAGCAACAGUCUGACACAUUUUUGCUAGCACCUUGAUUUGGUGAGGGAAAUACAAUGAGUUCAUCUGUACUAUCUGUCUAGUUGCCCUUUCUAGGUAAUCUGUUCCAUGAAUCCAGAGAAGGGACAACUUACAAUAUCCGUCUCUAUUCUAGGAAUAGGUAUAAGGCAAGCAUUUUAGCCUUUCUAUAUUUGCAGAAGUGAAGUACUCAAGCAUUGACCUCUCUAUGAUCCAUGGCAGAUUUCCUAGUGGCUGAGGUUCUGCAUUAGGUGACAGGGAGUUAGUUUCUCUGUAGUCGUGACUUAACACAGAUUUCUUACUUUUUAAAUUUUAAUCUGUAAAAAGAAAAACUCAUUUUCUAGUUUCCUAUGUAUUGUACCUCUCCACAGUAAGAUGACAUAUCAUGUGGAUCAGGGCACUUAUUUUAGACACUCAGUGCAUCGGGUGCACCUUCUGCUGUUCCAGUUUGCUUAGUCUCCUGUGGUUCAUUAUUCUAACAAUAGCUAUUUAGAAAUGUGGCAGUUCUUCACCAAAACCCACAAAUUGUAGAAAUCAGGAAGAU